UGCGAGGAAGAUGCCACAGGACCCCCAGGCAGACAACAACUUGAGGACAGACACCAUGGAGGACAAAUCCCCCUGGCAGAACCUCAUGGAAGAGGUUGUUUUGAACAGCUCCGCUGUGCAGGAAGGCAACGGGGAGGAAAAGCCACAAACAUUCCCCAUGGGAAAGGGCUCCAAACCCCCUCCAUGGUGCUCCGAGGAGGAAAAACCCCCCGUGUGCUGGGAAGGUGGCUGGAGCUUCAGCCAGAGCUCUGAUCUGGUGGUCCAUGAGCAGCUUCACAGCAGAGAGAAGCCCUUCACGUGCUUGGAAUGUGGGAAGAGCUUCAGCUGGAGGUCCCACCUGAUCCGCCACCAGAAGAUCCACACCGGGGAACGGCCCUACACAUGUGGGGAAUGUGGGAAGAGCUUCAGCCAGAGCUCUGACCUGGUGGUCCACCAGCGUCUUCACACCGGGGAACGACCCUACAAGUGCUUGGAAUGUGGAAAGAGCUUCAGCAAGAGCUCCAGCCUCACGUACCACCAGCGCUUCCACAGUGGGGAACGGCCCUACAAGUGCUUGGAAUGUGGGAAAAGCUUCAGCCAGAGCUCCCACCUCCUCACCCACCGCCGGCUGCACACAGGGGAACGGCCCUACAAGUGCCUGGAAUGUGGGAAGAGCUUCAACCGUAGCUUCAGCCUUGUCAUCCACCGGCGUGUCCACACCGGGGAACGGCCCUACAAAUGUCCUGAGUGUGAGAAGAGGUUCCGGACCAGCUCUGAUCUCCUUCUGCAUCAACGAAUGCACACAAAGGAGAGGCCCUUCCACUGCACCGACUGUGGGAAGGGCUUUGUCCGCAGCUCUGACCUCAUUAAGCACUGGCACAUCCACACCGGAGAGAGGCCCUACAGGUGCUUGAAGUGUGGGAAGAGCUUCAACCAGAGCUCUGCCUUGACCUCACACCAAAGGACCCACCGGUAAGGGAAGCCAUCCGAGUGCCCCAACUGCAGAAAAAACUUCAUCUGCUGCUCCAACUCCAUCACCCAUCAGAGGACCCAUGUUGGAUGAUCCACAGUGACUCACAUUGGGCAGAGACCUGGUGGGUAAAGGCCUGUUGACCACUGUUUCUGGUGACCCAUGUUCCUUGUAACCCACUGUGGUAGUGCUUUACCCCCCCCCAGGCCUCGCUAUGAUCUGAGUAAUGCUCGUUAGGCCUCGGCCUUGAUGAACAGUCCCUGGGCUGAGCUGCUCUUGAGCUGCUCAGAAACACUGUCUGCUCAUAGGAACUGGUGCUGUGUAAUGAGCUCCUGCUUUUCUUAACCAACGACCUUGGAAACUUGUUUUUCUUGCCUGAAGAACAACCCAAGUGGAAUCGUAUUUUUGUUCUCCAACUUUCAGCGAAAGUCCCUAACCUGAACUGGGGCCAGGAUGGACAAUUCCUGUGCCUUAAAGCCCCUUCUGCGUGGGCCCCAUAACCAGUGGUGCUGAUUGAGACCCUUUGAGCUCUCUGAGGCCGCAGCAGCUGCGGCAGCAACCUCCCUUUGCUUGGGCCUCUCAGAGCCCCCAACUACGACGGAUUAGUGGGACGGGGGAGACCUCCAGGCCUUAGGCUGCUAGCCCCAUUACCUGCGAGGUGAAUGCCCUUCCCCCCGCCCCAGCACAUGGCCGGCGACCCCACAAGGAGCCCACACAAACCACCAGGGAGGGACGGACGAAAGAGAAAGUUUAUUGUGGGGAAGGGGUUUAUAAAACUUUUAGGAGGGUCAAAAGGGGGCC